UCAGCGAUAGAAGCCAAAACUGUGUAAACAAUUUCAUUUUUCAGGAGAAGUAAUGAAAAUUAUUGUAUUUUGUAUUUCAUUUGAGUAGGAAGGAGCUUCUGAUGAUGUGCAAAAGGUAGGCCCCUUGCAGGAGGGUGUGACUGCUUUAUCCUGGACCUCCUGAGUGCAAGUUCAUGUGCAGUCGAUUUCAGGAAAACCAGUGUCCACACCUUGUGAGGAAAGAUGGGUCUGAGGGCUGGCCACAGACCUGAAAAGUGACGAAGGCCCGGGAGGAACAGGAGGGCCUUGAAGAUGAGAUUCUGAUAUUAAAUCAGAAUUUACAUGCACUUCCUAACGGUUUAAUAAAAUGCAAAGUAUUGUUGAGGAUGUGGAGCAGCAGGAGUUUUUAUAUAUUCCUGGGGUGAAUGACAGUGGUGGAAAACAGCUUGGCAUUCCCUACUAAAAUCGAAGAUAGCAACAACAACAAAAAGGGCAUGUGAAAAACAAAAGCGGAUGAAUCUGUAAAUGUGCCUGGAAGGUUAGAACUUUGGGAAAAUGAUAAAGACAAAAAAAGAGCUUUUCAUAACCUGGACAGACCAAGAAGAACUCGGGAUGUAACAGGCUAGUGCUUAGAGAGCACCGGGCAGCAGACACGAGCUUCGCACCAUCAGCAAGAAGGUCCCUCGAUCCAGGAGCCAGAGCAGUGCCGAGAGGGGGUCACAGCCCACAGGGAGACGGCAGGAGAGCAGCAUUGGGUCUGUCACGUGAACGGCCUCCAGCCUAACUUAUGGGGCCUUGUGCAUAACCUGGUCAUCCAACUGGGUCCCUGUGUGGCAUCUUCUUCCCCCCUUACCGUCUUCCCACCCCCUUUGCUCUGUCUAGCUGGGGCCCCUGGACCCAGCCUUCAGGGCCAGCUCUGCCUGCAGCCACUCUGGUUCCACCUUUGUAUUCAAGGGAGUAAUUCAAGGCUCAGGAAACCCAGCAUUCCGUCACCUCUUUUGCCCAUCCCAUUGACACCUUUUCUUUUGCUCCCAAGAAUAGGUCUCUCCUUUGUCCCAAGGAAGGUCUGUUGUCCGUACCUUGAUUCUAAAUCCUGGGUCUCUCUUUUGUGUUUUUGUGCUCGAAGUCUCUUGGUGGCGUGUUCUAGAAGCCCAUCUUAUGAUCAAGACCCUGCUACCAGCUAACAACUUGCCUGUUCAUCUGAAAUUCCUAAAUUUCUUCUUUCUUCAUACAUCUUCCUACUCCUUUUUGUUGACCCUCCCUGAUUCUGAAUGUAGACUUCACUUACUUCUUGAUUUCUGUUGCUAAACUUUGUGAAUUCCAGAUUUUUCAUUCUGCCCCCUGCAUUUGGGGUCACUGAAAUGAGCUUGUGUUCCAAAUAAUGGCCUCCCAAUUGCUCUGUCCCAUUGCCCUGCCAUAUAUGGCCAUCUCCCAAGACAUAUAGUUAGAUGCCAGUAAUCCGGUAGUGUCAUAAGACGGUUCUCAGUUCUGUCCUGUCAACACUUUUAGUACAACUUUGAUGAGGGGGCUUGCAGAUCCAGUUUAAAUGACCUAAAGCUGAUAUAAUGGUGAAAAGUUGGUUCAUAGUAUUAGGUAGUCAAAAAAUGCUUUGCAAAAACAAAAUUGAAAUCCUGACAAAUUUGAAUGUUGAGCUAACACCAAAACAUAGAAUAUAAUAGAGAGAGAUACAGUUUGCUAUUUAGGGUCAGUAUUUGAUUCUCCUUGUACAAGAUUAGGAAGACCUGGCUUAUUGCCAUUUGUGUGCAAAACAUCUGGAGAAUUUAGCUGACCUCAAGCCGAACUUGAACCACCAGUGUGGACUUGUUGUCGAAGCUUGUGGGGACUUAGCGCCUUGAUGGGCAGAUAAAGGCAGGGGACAGUCAGGCGAUGGUCCACUCUGGUUAGCCCACAUCUGGUGUCUUCCUUCGAGUUCCAGUUGGUUCAGGAAGAGUGACAGAUUCAUGGAAUAUGGGUUGGUUUUGAUUUUAAGGAUGUCAGGAAAUUAGUCUACCUUGGGGAUCCUAAUUUAAGUGGACUUCAAGGUGUGAAGUAAGGUUGUGUUCUCUGUGUGUGACAUCAGUAGGCAAGAGGAAGAUUGUUGCUCAUGACUGGAGACACAAACAAAGCUCUCGAGGAGCGGAACGUGUGCCUUUGAAGAGUGCGCAGCUCCCUGUCACCAGCACUUUUCAGAGAGCCCUUGGGUGGCCAUCUUGGGAAUGCUUUGGAAGGAAUUUCUGCAGUGAUUUUUUCUAGGUCUGAAUUAACUGACUGGACAGCCCAAGACAGAAUAAAGAUACGUGAAACCCAGACUUGAGGAGAGAAUCAGGCAAGAAGUAAUAACACAUCUGUAAAUGUACUUUUUCAGGAGCAGAUGCUGUUGCCACAGGUCACUAUGCAAGAACUUCCCUGGAAGAUGAAGAAGUCUUUCAGCAGAAGCACGUUAAGAGGCCAGAAGGGCUUUUCAGAAAUCGAUUUGAAGUUAGAAAUGGUUUCCCAGGAAGCCCUGAGAAGAACCAUCUUCCCCCUGGGGGGAUUAACGAAAGACUUUGUGAAGAAGAUAGCUGCUGAGAAUCGACUGCAUCAUGUGCUCCAGAAAAAAGAGAGCAUGGGGAUCUGUUUCGUUGGUAAAAGGAAUUUUGAAAAUUUCAUUCUUCAGUAUUUACAGCCGCGGCCUGGUAAAUUUAUUUCUGUAGAAGACAAUAAAGUUCUGGGGACGCAUCAAGGCUGGUUCCUGUACACUUUGGGCCAGAGAGCCAAGAUCGGCGGCUUGAAGGAGCCCUGGUAUGUGGUGGAGAAGGACGGCGCCCAGGGUGACGUGUUUGUGGCCCCCCGGACGGACCACCCUGCACUGUACAGGGAGCUGCUGCGGACCAGCCGUGUGCACUGGGUCGCGGAGGAGCCGCCCGCCACCCUGGUCCGCGACAAGAUGAUGGAGUGCCACUUCCGGUUCCGCCACCAGAUGGCACUAGUGCCCUGUGUGCUCACCCUCAACCAAGAUGGCACUGUGUGGGUGACAGCUGUGACGGCUGUGCGGGCACUUGCCUUGGGCCAGUUUGCUGUGUUCUACAAAGGGGAUGAGUGCCUGGGCAGUGGAAAGAUCCUGCGCCUGGGGCCGUCCGCCCACACACUCCAGAAGAGCAAGUCCAAGGCAGCUGCCGAGUGUCCUGGCGACAGCCCCAGCCUGAGCCCUGCGCACUGACCGCCCGCUGCGCCGACCGCUCCUGCCACUCAGCAGCACAGAGGCCCGUGGGCUCUGGAGGAGCACGCCUGGGAGCCAGGUGGAAAUUCCAGAACUUGAAUUUACAGUGUUUGAAACGAAACUUCACUGGGUGGCUCAGUAGCAGCAGGAAGACGGCAGGGGAAGGCGCCUGUAAACCUGAAGCUCGAGCGCUGGAAUGAAAUCUCUGAAGCACAGAUGAGGAUGAGGAAGACGAAGAAAGCCUCAGAGGCCCGUGGAGCAACAUCAGACGCCUCACAUUCGUGUCAGUGGUGUCCCAGGAGGGGCAAGGAGAUGGGGGUAGAAAAAAUACUUGAGAGAUAAUGGUUAAAAACUUCCCAAAUUUGGUGAAUGACAUAAAUCUGCAGACUCACUCAAGCUGCUCAGGAAACCCCAAACAGGACCUGCCCUCCAGGCUGCUAUGGGCCUGAAGCAGAACGAGCAGAAAGUUCCAGAACCGUGCUCCACCAGGCCUGCCACCAGUGUCCGCAAGUGGCCCCUUCCAGAGCUGCCUUAGAAAUGAGGGACAGACACGUGGGGGAGACCAGCACAACAGAAAUACAAAUCCAGAAAUCUUAAUUUAUUGUAGACUCUUCUCACUUGUGCUGUCAGUCCAGUGUUUUGAGCAUUAAUAAAUAUACAUUUGUUAAAAA